CGUAUUUACUCUAUGAUGUAUUGUAUUUGAUUGUGUAUCAUUAUUUCGAAACGAUGGCUGUUGAUCGGAAUGUGAUUCUCAGUCUUUAUCGAAAUCUAAUUCGAGAAAGUAAAAAAUGGAAUGCGUACAAUUACAGGAUGUAUGCUUUAAGAAAAAUCCGCGACGAAUUCCAAGAAAACAAAGCACUUCGAGAUCAGACGAAGAUCGAGGAGCAUUGCAAAAAAGGAAAGGAAAUGCUCGAAGUAAUUAAGAGACAAGUAAUCAUUGGAAACUUCUAUGCCACCAAACCACUAGUUAUCGAAAAUACAAGAUAUAAACCUAAUUUAAAUUAAAAAGCAAAUUAAUUUAAUAUUAAGUGAGUGCUUGUAAAAUGAACUGGAAUGAGUGUAUCAUGUAGGAAAAUUUCAAUUUCCAUGAAUAUGAUUAGAGAAACUGAAGCUAAAGAUGUUGUAAGUUUCAAGAUGAUGAUGAAUCUGUAAAAUGUUGUUAUAAUGAAUAAAGUAGAAUAUUGAUUACAGUAAAUAGAGAUCUAAUGUAUGUGUAUAAUAUUUCUGGACUAUUCUUUUUAAUAAAAGUAUAUUUAACAAUGA